AUGGAUUCCCAGACCAUUCGUGACCUUGAGUCGGAGAAGAAGAUUUGGUCAGGCCAAUGUCGUGUCUCUAGAAUGUGGCUUGGGGUGAAUGUACAUACAGACAAAGUUCUCCAUUUGGACCUCAUUCUGAUGGAUUCAAAGGGCAAUGAUAUCUGGGUACAAAUCGCUCAUGCGUUGAUAGAAAAGUUUAAGAAGUUGCUGAAGGAGAACCAUGUUUACAUUAUCAAGAACUUCGAUAUCAAUACAACUGGACUGAAAUAUCGACCUAUUGGGAAUCCAUAUUUGAUACAAUUUAGUAGGAAGACAACUGUUCAUCAUGUUCCUGAAGUUCCUGCAAUUCCGACCUUCAAAUUCAGUUUCCUAAAUGCAAGUCAGAUGGCAGGCAAAUUGGGUCAUGUUGAGAUCCUUUCAGAUGUUGUUGGCCAAUUGCGCACACAUUCAGAUGCAAUUACUACUACCAGCCUUACCCGGAAAACUAUAAGGAAGGAGCUCACAUUGCAACUGAUUGAAUACUGUGUUCAACUUGAAGUUCAAAGUGAUUUGAAGUCAGUAGUAUUUGUACUCUUUGAGUAUGAAGGGAAGCAAAACUUUGGAUUGAGUGGUCAUGAACUAUUCCAGAAAAAUGGGCAGAAUGGAGACUUGCCACCUGAUGAAUUUCUUCAAUUGGGAGAAGGUUAUAUGAUUCACAAAGAUGGAUCAUCUUCAUCUAUUGCGAGUGGGCCUGCAUCUUCUCAACCCUCCUCUGAUCAGUAUGGACAGUCUGCUACUGAAAAAUCGAUUGAAACACCAGUGGACUCUGAUGCAACUCCAGACAACAAACUGAAGAGGAAGAUGCCCCUAGAGUGA